AUGUUGUUGAUAUUAAAAUACCGAAGCUAUGAGGAAACUCUUUCUUACAUAAUUUUAUGUAUUAAAUUAUUAGGAGGUAAGAAUAUCAAUUAUUUUUUCAGCUUGUGAAAUGGUUCCAGGGAGAUAUUGA